CAGAAUAUUUGAAAAUGUAGACUUCCGCCUGGAUGUGAUUAUAUUUGAAUAUUAGCAGACCAAGAAAACUGACAGAGUCCAAAAUAUGGGCUGUAAUCAGAGUUCAGAAGAAUGGGCGAACCAUACAAAUGGGCAAGAACUGGGCUCAGUAGAUGCACAAACCAUAGAGGAAUAUAUUGAUUUAGAGCAAAAAAUAGCUCAGGCGGAGCAAACAAGUCCUGGUUUGGUUCUGAUGCAGAAGCGAGAUCAAAAACUCCAUCUAGAAGAGAGAAUUAAACUUCAAGCUAAAAAAUAUGAAAUGUACCAGGAGCAAACUAAAAAGGAGAAAGCAGAUAUUGAUGAUCUUGAUGAACCGGAGACUAAGAAACUAUUCAUGAAGCAGGGGCUGGAGCUGGAUAAGAAGAAAGCUAAGGAGAUGAAGGAGUACCUGGACGCUAAGAAUAAGGAGGAGAUAUCUAAAGCUGAACUGGCAAGCUUAGAAGAACAGCACAGUGUUCUUAUAUCAGAUCUAGAGGAACUAGAAGAACAGGCUAAACAUUUACAGGGUUUGUAUACAAGACAAGACGCUCUACUAGGAAGAAUAUUUGGUGGGGACUAUGGUUCUCAGGCAGAAAAUCAGUUUGAACAUCAACUUGAUCAGAACGAGGAAAUGAGAAACAGAAUUGUUGAAGCGAACUUCAAGUGGCAGCAAGCGCAGUUAAUGGUUGAUUAUGCUUACAAGCAGCUACAGGAGGCAGUAAAGCAGUGGACUUAUCUCCCAGAUAUAGAGCCUGAUAAAUUAGAGGAGAGAUAUGGGAUUGCAAGCAUAGCGAGGAAUAACCUGGUUGCUGCCGGUCAAAAUAUUACGGGCGCACAGAGAUACCUGAGUAAUGUAGCAUUCCCUUACUGUGCUCCUUCAGAGGUUGCUACUCUUAAUAAGGCAACUGCCUAUAUAUUCACAGAUAUGCAAACCCCUGAGCGACAUAAACAUGCUCUGGACUGCUAUUCAACAACAGCUAAACGUUGUGGAGCUCUUCUGCAGUGGAUAAACCAGGUUGUAACGACCACUAUAGCCAAGGAUCUGGAAGACAUCAACAAGAAGGUCAAGGACAGCUCUAUGUCCUUGAGGCAGGAAAGGGUUCGACUAAUAAAGAAAAAAGCGAAGGAGAUUACAGGAGAGGAUAUUGAUAUACAGAUAAUGAUUUGA